UCUGCUGCUGCUGCUCUAAUAACUACAAUACCCAGCGUCCCUUGCGGUGAAGCCAUUCCUAGCAGUAGUAUGGCAGCGGUGGACUUUAAACAGACGGUUUAUUUUUCUUUGGGUGUUGGGGGAGUGGUCUUAUGACAAACUUUCAUAUUCCUGAGCUGCUCUCCGGCCUGCAGGACGUGAUCAUGGGCAGCACUCUCGCCAAAUGUGCCGUCACAGACCUGAGCAUCCAGUGGGCCGGCUGGGCUCUGGCUGCAGCCUUCAAAACAGAGAAGUUCUACGAUUUGGCAGGAUCUGGCACAUUUAUACUACUUGCCCACCUGAGUCGGAUCUGGGGAGGAGCCAAACAUAUCCGUCAGAAUGUGCAGACAGGGCUGGUGACAGCAUGGGGACUCAGGCUGGGGACAUUCCUCUUCAUGCGAAUCUUGAAGGACGGCCAUGACCGCAGGUUCAACAAUGUCAGAGACAGCCCAGGGACUUUCUUUGUAUAUUGGACCAUUCAAGCUCUCUGGGUAUUUAUGACCCUCCUGCCCACCCUCAUGCUAAACAGUGAGAAGCGAGACGUGCCUCUGGGAACGAGGGACUACAUUGGCUGGGCUGUAUGGGGCCUUGGCUUUGCUACUGAGGCUAUUGCUGACCAGCAGAAACUGCUUUUCAAGCGUGACCCAGAUAAUGCUGGGAAGUUCAUCCAGAGUGGGCUCUGGGCCUACAGCAGACACCCAAACUAUUUUGGAGAGAUCCUGCAGUGGUCGGGUCUGUGGCUCUCAGCUUCGUCGGUAAUGCAGGGUCACCAGUACCUGAGCGUGGCGUCACCUCUCUUUGUUUGGUUCUUGCUACGUUACGUCAGCGGCGUCCCCAUCCUGGAGAAGCAGGCCAUGAAGAGAUGGGGAUCAGACCCAGCCUUCCAGGACUACAUCAAGAACACUCCUCUUCUCUGGCCAUGGCCUAGAUUUUGAUGUUAGACAUUUGUUAUAACAUUUAAAACACUUUCUCAACUGUUAUCUACCAAUAAUUACCUCACAGAGUACAUUAUACACACUCAAGUCCAACAGAAAUCACAUUUAGCCAUCCCUUUUUGCAGUCAAACAAAAUGUCAACGUGUUUUUCAAAGGUACUGUUAAUAGUUUUUCAUUGUUAAAAAGGAAGAAACAAAAGAUCUUUGGGAAACUAUCAGAAAUGCUCCUUUUCAUAUCAUCCGGCUGGAGGUGUGUCUGUUCGAUUAACAGCAGCUGGCAGGCUGAGCUACAGCAGGAGGAGGGACAAAGUAAACAAAUUUGUGCCAUAACUACAAGUCACGGGCAUGCAGUGUGUUAUUAUCAGUGAUGCUGAAGAGAAAAGGACCACACCAGCAUCUAAACGGACCAAAAUAACAUUUGCACCUACAUUUACAUGCUGUUUAAUGGGCUGCAGCUAAUUAGCAAUCUAGCCUGCGAACUGACAUUAGCAAGGGGGUUUUUUUCACCAGUAAAUGUUUGUCUGGUGACUCAUUCAACGAGCUACGGUGGAGGACAAGACAUAUGUUCAUGUUUGUAGGUUAGAUAAGGAGACUUAAGCGGGAAAGAUAAUGUGGGUUGUUCAGUCUGUGGUUCUAUAUGUUGAAUAGCAGGAUGCUAUCAGGCUCAGUGUGACCGUUUGCUCUCCCUACACAUAAACAGAUAACUGUUCUGGUGAAUUAAUGCAGAAAUGUACUCAUUUCUCCCUUUUGAAUUUCCUCUCAAUGUCUCAGGACAUGAUUUACAGAGCAGAUAUGUGUGCUGUAGCAGACAAAACAUGCAAUCUCAUUUCAGUUGGACUUUUGAGUGUUAUGAAUAAAACUCAACUAUUUUAAAAUGA